GAAUCACACAGAUAAUUCAGUAUCAUAGAAGGUGAGGAGGGUAACCCAAAGGAAGGCAUGAACGAGAUCUAUGCGAGGCGGCGUGCCCAGACGAUGAUGUUUCACCAGCUCAUGCGGAGCCACGGCACGUUAUGGGCAGCCACGCAGAUCACCAAAGAGCCCCUCGAUCUCGCCUUCGUAAAAGAGGAAUUUAUGCGGGUGAAUGGGCGGCGACGGAUGCCGUUGUUAAUCGGCGCCGCCGCGGACGAGCGGAUGGGGGAAACCCAUCUCGCUCAUCUCACCGAGCACGCCGCGUGGGCGGAGAGUUUUCGCGCGUUUACCGUGCAGCGGCAGAGCCCUCUCACGCAGCAUAUCGCGGCGAUGGGCCGGAUGAGCGAGACGAUCCCCCACACCCGCUCCGUGACGACCUCACAAAGCCUUUUUAACGAGCACAUGGCGCAUAUUGACGGGAUUAGCACCUUCGAGGAGGAACCCAUUUUAGACGAGGAGGAGACUCUCUGA